UUGAAUCUUAUUUUUUGCAGUAACUACGACUAUGUCAGCAAAAUAAGGGAGACAAGAAACCAGCUUCGAAACGAAUUGUCCAAUGUUCGUGCCGAACUCAAAGGCUUGGAUGAAUUCCCAAUAGGCGACCGUACUGAGAAGCUUGUUAGUAUUCUCAAUGCUGCGCUCAUGUUUGCUAAAGGAGGCCAAGCAAAAACCGUACCUAGUGAGAAAAUGGACGAAGGUGCGGCUGUCAUAGCAUUGCCAGGCCCAGUGAACGCGAACAAGACGCAAUCAUUCGUCGAGGAAAAAGUUGCAGUAACCCCUACUGCGGCGAACUCGGAGCAGCUUGCUACGUUUGUGCCAGAGCUGGAGAAGGCAAUAAAAGGUCUAGAAGAAAAGCAUAAACAGCUAUGUGAUCAUGAGGCAGAAUUGAUAAAAUCCAUCGAUGAAAUCUACGAACGAGAUGAUUUGAAGCAGCAUGGAUAUCGGCUUCACGCGGUGGCCAUACAUCAAGGUCAAGCAAGUGUAGGCCAUUACUGGGCAUACGUCAGAAAAGGCAACGACGACUCCCAAUGGGAGAAGUUUAACGAUCAAAGAGUUGAAAGCGCUGUAUGGAGCGAUAUAGAGGCGGAAGCAGUCGGUGGUAUUCGAACUACUUCGGCGUAUUUCCUCCUGUAUGUCAGUUCUGCAGCAGAACCGUGGCUCUUCUCUGAUGAGUGCCCAACUUCGUCAUUCCUUGCGAACGAUAUCCGAGAAAUGGUGGAGCACGAAAACACAGCACUGGAAUCGGAGAUUGAACGUUAUCGCUGUACCCAGAAUGAGGACACGAAAGGAAAUGCUGAAACUUAUGAGUCUCCACAUGAAGCCUAUCGAAAACCAGUUCUGCACUCUCCCUCCAAUUUCUAA